AUUAGCAAUUUUUAAAAUUUUGUUUUUAAAACAAAAAACACAGAUUUUUUCUCCAAAAAUAGGUUUGUAAAUAAUUUAAAAUAUCAUCCUAUGGCUUCAUUGGAGUUAGAUAAGCUCACUUUGAAUGAGGUAAAGUUAUGGAGUCACACAGCAUUGGUAAAAUUUCUCUUGCUGAGAAACAAGAGCGUAGAGGGCUCAGAUGAGGUUUUAGCUGCAAGAGCAUUUGCUUUACAUGAAGAAGGCGUGGAGGUUGACCCUAAAAAAGAACACAAAGAAAGAAUUCUUUUACACGAGUAUGUAUCCAAAUUAAAUUUUACAACUGGUGAAAUACCUGAUCCAUUAACUGUAAAAUGUGGUUGGUUCAGAGAUACGGAAGGCAUGAAAUAUUGGCCACCACUUACAAUUCUUGUCAUAUCUGAACAUUUCAAAAAUGUAAUUGAUCGUGAAAACAUAGUGCAUCGACUUGAAUGUGAAUACAAAGAAGCUUACAAUUGGUAGUUUAACACAAAUUAUCUUUUUGUCUGGUUUGUUUUAUUCAUCAUUAGUGUUCAGUCAAGAUACUCUGCAGACCAUAUUUCAAUGUGACUUUGAAAAUGGUAUUUGUGGUUUGUCUACUAGCCCUUCUUGGGUACUUAACCAAUAUGAAAUACCUGGUUCUAAAACAGGUCCUUCUCAGGCUUCAGGUGGUAAUUGAUAUAUUUAUUAUGAAAAGUUAUAUAAUGGAAAUCCUACACUGACCUACACUCAAACAACUCCAACACCAAGCAAUCAUGUUAUACUUUCAUUUUAUCUUCAUGCAUAUGGUGCAAAUAUUAUCAGUGUUGAUGUCACUUUCAAUGAUGCUAAUGGAAAUGUAAUUGAUGAUCCUUAUGUUAUAUAUGGUCAAUUGCAGAGUAGCAGCUUUGAUCCAUUUAUGCCUAUUGUAAUCACAAAAAAUCUUACAAGUCCCUUCCAUACUUUUGAGUUUACUGUUAGUUCUAGUGCUGGAGAUUUAUCUGCUGUUGCCAUUGACGAUAUAAUUUUGUCAGCAAUUGUACUUCCAAAUAGUUCUUGGACAUCAUGGAGUAGUUAUAGUGGCUGUUCAGUAUCUUGUGGUUCUGGUACAAGUUCUCGAAGUAGAAUUUGUUAUUUACCCACUAAUAAUCUUCCAACUCAAGGCUGCAUUGGAAAUAAUACUGAAGUACAAAUUUGUAAUGAGGGAAUUUGUCCAAAAUCAUGUAAUGUGAACGCAAAUAUAACAUGUUCAAACAUCAAUCAGCCAGUUAUUCUUGAUGACAUGUCACAAACAAUGCAAGACAUAAACAACACAAUGUCAUGGUGGUCAUGGGCAGCUACAACCUCUUUAUUUAAAAGUUGCAAUCCAGCAGACUAUAACUCUACUUUGUUAAAACUAAAUGACUACAUAAGUUUUGUGACAGCAACUAUGGAUAACAUUUUUAUGAAUGUCAAUAGAACAAUUUAUUUUAUUGCUUGCAGCAAUAACUCAACAAUUCAACAAAAUCUCUUAAGUUACUGUGAAACAGCUGCUCAUCAAAAAGAUUUUUUAAAUGUAUCACUGUUUCAACUUCAAAGUUAUAUUAAACAAGUUAAUUCAACUAUUCUUAAUUGUAAUAGUGCUGUAUUUGAAUGGACUUCAUGGGAAUCUUGGUAUCCAUGCUCUAGUUCAUGUAAUGGUGGGUAUACUUCUAGAGAAAGGUAUUGUAAUCCAGUAGACACUACAAAUCAACAACUGCAUUGCUAUGGAACCUGCACAAGUUGUAUUGGUGCUUUUGUAGAUUAUAAAGCAUGCAAUACACAAAGUUGUAGCAAUGUAUUAUGCGAUGUUUUAAAAAACAGAGAUUGCUCAACCGUUUCUAAAUCUGCUCUUGAUCUAUCCAAGUUUUUGAAUGUUUCUUCUGUAAAUAAGGUUAUAAGUGAAGUUUUAGUGUGGCCAUUCCUUAUUACAGACGAACUUUUUAAAAGUUGCAAUCUAGACACUUUAGUUGAACAGUUGACUAAGCUAAAUAGCCACAUGGCAAUGGCAUAUUCUGCACGUGAUAACACUUUAGCACACCUUGAACAAGUUCAAGAUUUGAUUGUAUGCACUACUAACAAUUUUGUACAACCAAGUUUAUAUGAUGUGUGCUUAAAUGCAGCUCAACAAGACAUAGUUCUUAAUGCAAUUGUCAAUCAACUUAAUUUAUAUGCUCAACAGUAUCAAACAGCUAUAGAUGCUUGCAAAAGUUGUGGGUUCGCGUGUUCGAUUAUUGAAUCGUUUAUUAAAGUACUUUUUAAAAGUGGAAUGUGAGCAUUGCAACAAAGUACGCUUGAGUUUCAUAAAGAUUUUUUUUUUAAUCACUAUACGAUAUAAAUAAUUUUAUAACUUUUUUGUAUAAAAAUUUUUAUUAAUAAGUAUUUCUUAUAACAAUAAUUGCAUCUUUAUUCAAUAUAGUUUUGAAAAGCCAUUUGUAACACAUUUUUUACAUUUUUGCUAUGCUAUUAAAAGUUUUAUUUUAUUUUAUUUUUUUUCCUAACUAUUGUGCUAUCUCGGAAAUAACGAUACCACAAUCGUUAGUUUUCUAACUAUUGUGCUAUCUCGGAAAUAACGAUACCACAAUAGUUAGAAUUGUAAUGAGUUAUUACAACCACAAAUUUAAUAUUUUAAGGGUUUGCUUAAACAAUUUUUCGUCCUGAAAUUUAAAUAAUUUUGUACUGAUCUAAUUUUUAGUUUUCAACACAAUUUUCUAAACUUAUAGUGUGUGUUUCACACUUAUCGUAUAUAUUGAUACUUAUAUAACAUAAUAUCUAUUUUCGUGUCUAAUGUAAUUUACUUACAGUUUAAAAUGAAACAAUAAUACAUUUGAAA